CGGAGCUGGGGCAGGCCCUGGUAUAUCACAGUGCUACAUACUGUAUGUUGUAAAUGUGCACCACUAACAAUGGUGAAUUUGAUUCUGCCCUAGAUUAAAAUUAUACAUGUUUGUUUCAGCUUGAAGGCGUGUCACCUCAUUGCGCACCAGGGGUCGCACUACGUGAACGGACCUGCGGUGACAUGCAUUGUGGUCCAGUGUAAAUUACUGCAAUGGUAGAGAGGUGGUGUGGAGUGAGGAGGGUGUGGGAGCCCAUCAGCAGCUACCCAGCCCUGCCUCCUCCUCCUCCGUGCACACACGCUGGCGCGCGCACGCACGCUGAGUAGCCGCAGCAGACCUAGAGCAGUAACAAAGGGAUGCACGGCUCAUCUGCAGCUUCAGAUGAACACACCAUCCACUGAGACGCCACUUCCUGCUACAGACACAAAACCAUUCUGUCCUCACCACAUAAGCAGCAGCCCACAGUCAUGGAGCUGGAACACUUUGAUGAGCGUGACAAGGCUCUGAGAUACACUCGACGAGGCUCCAGAGGGAACGGGCUCCCCAGUCCCACUCACAGCGCUCACUGCAGCCUGUACAGGACCAGAACAUUGCAGGCACUUAGCUUAGAAAAGAAGGCCAAGAAGAUCCGGUUCUACCGCAAUGGUGACCGCUACUUUAAAGGGAUAGUUUAUGCCAUUUCUCAGGAGAGGUUCAGGACUCUGGAAGCCCUUCUGGCUGACCUCACCAGGGCUUUGUCGGAUAAUGUCAACUUACCUCAAGGAGUACGAACCAUAUACACUAUUGAUGGGAUGACCAGGAUCACCAACAUGGACCAGUUUGUGGAGGGCGAGAGCUACGUGUGUGCAUCUAUAGAGCCAUUCAAGACACUGGAAUAUACAAAGAAUGUCAACCCCAACUGGUCGGUUGGUGCUAAAACUGCCGUUGGCUCCCGUGACCCAUCGUCUCUCGGGAGCGGUAAGGCUGUAGCCACAGAAACGAAAGAGGGCAAGGACUUCAUCAGGCCAAAACUGGUAACCAUUGUCCGCAGUGGAGUAAAGCCACGGAAAGCGAUACGGAUCCUUCUCAACAAGAAGACUGCCCACUCCUUUGAGCAAGUCAUGAGCGACAUUACCGAUGUCAUUAAGCUGGAUUCUGGAGCAGUUAAAAGGCUGUUUACCGUUGACGGAAAAAUGGUAACCUGCCUUCAAGACUUUUUCGGAGAUGAUGAUAUAUUCUUCGCCUGUGGCCCAGAGAAGUUUCGUUACCAGGAUGACUUCAGACUGGAUGAAAGUGAAUGCAGAGUGUCAAAGUCUGCAUCAUACGGACGCCUUCCGUUUGUUAUGGCUCGCUCUUCUUCACCAAGAGGUGGUGGGUUUUCUCGCAGAAGCAAAUCUCCCUCAUCUACUGGGACAGCUAACGGCACUGUGGGGAGUCCACUAUCAACACCACGAUCUGGGAAGUCUAUGAGUCCUUCUCCAACCAGUCCAGCCAGCCUCAGAAGGCGACAGGGAUCUCAGCACAGUGGCUCCUCACUCUCUUUGGCUUCUACUAAAGUUUGUAGCUCAAUGGAUGAAGGAGAUGGACCUGGCAGUGAAGGCGAUACAUUAGAGGACCAUGGUCCAGUCCCGGCUUCUAUUGGGGACAGGUACAAAGUGGGGAGGAUUUUGGGUAACGGCAAUUUUGCUGUUGUGAGGCAGUGUGUGGAGAAGUCCAGUGGACAAGAAUUUGCACUGAAGAUCAUCAGCAAAGAGAAAUGCAGAGGAAAGGAACACAUGAUUCAGAGUGAGGUGUCACUCCUUCGAUGUAUCAAACACCCCAACAUCAUACUGUUAAUAGAAGAAAUGGACACACAGAGUGACAUUUACCUCGUCAUGGAGCUGGUUAAGGGUGGUGACCUCUUUGAUGCUCUCACCUCCGCCAACAAAUACACUGAACGGGACGCCAGCUGUAUGCUGUUCAAUCUGGCCAGUGCUGUGAAGUACCUGCACAGUCACAACAUCGUUCACAGAGACAUCAAACCUGAAAACCUGCUUGUCUAUGAGCACAGUGAUGGGAGUCGAUCUCUAAAACUAGGAGACUUUGGUUUGGCCACUGUUGUUAAUGGUCCGCUAUAUACGAUGUGUGGAACGCCCACUUAUGUAGCACCAGAGAUCAUUGCUGAGACUGGUUAUGGCCUUAAAGUUGAUAUAUGGGCCUCUGGUGUCAUUGCCUACAUACUGCUCUGUGGAUUUCCUCCAUUCUGUGGCAGUGGUAAAGAUCAGGAGUCCCUCUUUGAACAGAUUUUAAAGGGUGAACUGGAUUUCCCUGCAGCAUACUGGGACAGUGUGUCUGAUUCAGCCAAGUGUCUGAUCAGUGAGAUGCUGCAGGUAGACGUGGAUCAGAGAUACACAGCCGUUCAGGUUCUUGAUCACCCCUGGAUCAAUGAUGAGAGUGUGUCAGAGAAUGAGCAGCAGCUGUCUGUGGCUGAGAAAGUCAAGAAACACUUCAACACUGGAGCCAAGACCAACAGCCCCUCAGCAGGCGUGUCAGUUAUUACAACCACGCCCCUUGACAAGGAGCAGCAGGGUUUAAGAGAACAACGCUAUCAGAAUGUAAAGUCCCUUCUUCCACACGGUUCCUACGUAAGUCAUGGCCUCUCCCCUGCUGACAUCAACUCUGAGUCUGAAGACUGUUCCCAAAGUUCAGCUGACACAGUCAGGUCACCUGUAUCCCCAUUUUAAAACAUUUUUUCUAUGAAACAAGCUAAAAAAAAGGCAAACCCUGAUAUGAUAAGUUGGUUUGUCUGAUGACUUUUAAAUAUUUUUAUUUGUCUUGUCUGUUUGAAUAUUAACAACGCUGAUCAGUUAAAGGGCACGAUCAUGACAUGAUCAAAGAUCUCUCUGGAGCAGCAUGCAACAUGUACUCUGUUUUACAGUAUGACUUUCUUUGAUUUGGCAAAUUGAAUCAGUCUCUUACUUUGCACUGUAGGUUUUAGUCUAAGGUAGUGAUCUAGUCCCAUCUGCUGGUUAGAACUUGUACUGUAGGAAAAGUAGCCUGUUUUCAAUCAGGCAUCACUUCAUCCUUCCAUCAUUUUCAGGGUCACUGAGGGAGUGAAAAUGUUGUAAUCCCUGGACAGGUCAGCUGUCCAUCACAGGGCUGCAUACUGUACAGAGACAGAAUGUCUUUUACAUCUACAUCCACACCUCCAUUUAUCAUGAUCAGUUAAUAUAAUCCCAAGUAAACGUAAUACAGGGGAAGAUGUUUGUUUUUUUAUACUUUAGCAACGAUUACAUCACAUUUCCUUUGGGAUCACAGAGUGAUCACUUCACUCCUCUCUGAACUGCUCUGUGGUCCUCAUGCUACAGAUCAGCUGAUCAGACUGUAAACAGAGUAUUUAGAAUCUAUCUAUACUGUACAUCUUUCAACCCUUAUGCUUUACCAGGAGAAUACCAGGCAAAGGCAAGUACAGCAUUAACUGAGUGUUCCAUUUAAUUGUAUUCCCAACCUGCAUGUUGUUGGACUGCGAUAGAAAACUGGUUAAAAAAAACAAACCCAAAACAAUACAACUCACACAUACAGUAGUUAGAACAAAAAAAAAUCUACACGUAACGUUUAUUGCUCAGAGCUGAACUUGUCUUACCAGUUACCAGUGUCACCACUUUGUAGACAUAAUUUGGUGAUUUAUGUUAAAAGUGGAGUACAAAGAAUGUACAAAUAAAAAGUAUUAUAAUUAGCCAAUGCAGCUACUGCAACAGUGCUGCCCCCUGGCUGUUUUUUCUUAUUAUCCACUGUUUUGCAGGUGGAGAUAUUGAGAAUGUUAAAUGGUAAAAAAAAAUGUAAUCCAGCAGGUGACAGUAAUGUAGUCAAAAGGCAGCAGAGCUACCUUUGAAGCACAAAGAAGAAUCAGCUGGAGGCACAGUUCAGCUAACUUGGUAGUGAAUGUUAUAAGCAGCAAAACUCCUUUUGUGCCAUUGUUCUUAAAUCUAUCAGAUGUAUAAUAAGUACAAAGACAUAUAGCAUUAUAAAAUAUCAGUGGUGCCGUGCCCAGGGUCACCGGGGCAGCUCACCUUUUACUCAGCAUGUCAGAAGCACCUGGUUUUAACCCUGUGGGCAGUUGCUAGUCUCCAAAGUUAAAUACUGAACUUUAUCAUGUUGAAAAGGUUUUAACCCAGUUGCAAGAUUAGAUAAAUAUAAAAACCACUGCGUUACACCGGAACAAGUCAUGCAUUAAACAGUGUUUAUAACACCCUCCAGAGUGGGGUGCUAUAAAUACACAGGUACUGUGUUUAUACAGUUGUGAAAAGUCAAAAGUUGCUGAAUAUAUUUAAUUUAUCGAUGAAAUACGGUAGCAAAAGAAUGAUAAAUACUUUACAUUUAAAAUGCAGUUUUGUUGUUAGUCGAUGUGCAAAUAUUCUAUUGGAAAAAGUGCAAUUAUGAAGAGCACACUAACAAAUAUGUGUCAUGAAAUGCUGGAUCAAGAAAGAAUGUAAAGUGCUUCCAAUAAUUUCCAAAUAUUCAUUUUUUUAAGGACAUCUGUCUCAUUAAACUGUAUGUAGUAUUUUACAGAGUACUCAGAUAAUUGAAUGUCCUCUUCUCUUUAUCAGAGACUCUGAGCUUCAUAAUAUGCAACCGGAAUAUUUUCUCUGGUCUGUAACUGUUUCACAUGUGUCUUUAUCUACUGUUUGAGCACCAAAACACACCUUUAAAUCACUCCUCAAUCUGCCAACAAAGUCAAAAGGAAUUUUAGGAAUAAUCUCGAUUUGUUUUUGCAAAACAUUCUCCUUUUGACAUAGUUCUGGGCCUAAUUAGCUUUAUGCUUGGCCAAUAAUUUACUAUUUUUUUCUUUAUGUACUUGAUUAGGGUCAGCUCAGUUUGUUUUAUUAUUGUUGUUUUUGGUUAUUUAUUUAUGGGUUAAUCUCUGCUAAGACACAGUCUUAAAUACUCUAAGUUUUGUUUUGUUUUUGGGUGUUUUUACCCAAAUAUGUUUAAUUUAUUUUAUCUUUUGGUAAUCAAAGGUAGCAAUCAGGGGCUAUUUUCUAGCUAUUUCUGGCAAAAAUAUUUUAUUUAUAAUUUUGUUAAAAAUGCUUUUCCAUAUGUUUGUGUUUUGACAAAAACAUUUUCAGUGAAUGGUAACCCACAAUAACACACAUGAAGAUAUACAUUAAAUAUGGAUAUUUAUAUAGUGACCAAUAGUAAGAAUUAAAGGGAAGUAGCACAUAUUUUGAAGGCAUUCUCUACUAAACACUUACUCAUUUUUAUGGCCCCAAUCAUUUGAAUAGAAAUGACUGAAUCAGACAAAAUGCAGAAAGAUUAUUUGUUUGGUUUCAUCGUGUGGAAAAACUAAAUUGCAUUUGUACAGUUUAACAAUAACGAACGUCAGUGAAUGUUGCAUCUGGUGUUGUCCUACUGUUGUUCAUACUUUAUUUAUGUGAGAAUGUAUUCAGGGAGACGGAAGGAGAGGAAAAAGCACAUUGAACAAUUAAACGUGUUCAAAAAAGCAACAACAUGAUUUUAAACAAACAAAGAGCGGGAAUAAAAGUGAAGAAACUUAA